AUGCAGGCCAAAAAACGCUAUUUCAUCCUGCUCUCAGCUGGUACUUGUCUCGUCCUUUUGUUUUAUUUCGGAGGCUUGCAGUUUAGGGCAUCCAGAAACCAAAGCAGGAGAGAGGAGCACAGUAGUAGGAAUGGCUUGCACCACACUAGUCCGGAUCAUUUUUGGCCCCAGUUCCCGGACGCUUUGCGCCCUUUCAUUCCUUGGGAUCAAUUGGAAAACGAAGAUGACAAUGUGCCCAUUUCCCCUAAGCAGAAGCGAGACGGUAAUUCCAGCAUCUACAAAGGCAAGAGGUGUCGCAUGGAGUCCUGCUUCGAUUUCACCCUUUGCAAGAAAAACGGCUUCAAAGUCUACGUCUACCCGCAGCAGAAAGGGGAGAAAAUCGCAGAAAGUUACCAAAAUAUUCUAGCGGCCAUCGAGGGCUCCAGGUUUUACACUUCUGAUCCCAGCCAGGCGUGCCUGUUUGUCCUGAGCUUGGAUACUUUAGACAGAGACCAAUUGUCACCUCAGUAUGUGCACAAUUUGAAAUCAAAAGUGCAGAGUCUCCACUUGUGGAACAAUGGUAGAAAUCAUUUAAUUUUUAAUUUAUAUUCUGGCACCUGGCCUGACUACACCGAAGAUGUGGGGUUUGACAUUGGCCAGGCAAUGCUGGCCAAAGCCAGCAUCAGUACUGAAAACUUCAGACCUAAUUUUGAUGUUUCUAUUCCCCUCUUUUCUAAGGAUCAUCCCAGGACAGGAGGGGAGAAGGGAUUUUUGAGGUUUAACACUAUCCCUCCUCUCAGGAAGUACAUGUUGGUAUUCAAGGGGAAAAGGUACCUGACAGGGAUUGGGUCAGACACCAGGAAUGCCUUAUAUCACGUCCAUAACGGUGAGGAUGUGGUCCUCUUAACCACCUGCAAGCAUGGCAAAGACUGGCAAAAGCACAAGGACUCUCGUUGUGACAAAGACAACACAGAAUACGAAAAGUAUGAUUAUCGAGAAAUGCUGCACAAUGCCACUUUCUGUCUGGUUCCCCGUGGCCGCAGGCUCGGCUCCUUUAGAUUUCUGGAGGCACUGCAGGCUGCCUGCGUCCCGGUGAUGCUGAGCAAUGGAUGGGAGUUACCAUUCUCUGAAGUGAUUGAUUGGAACCAAGCUGCCAUCAUCGGGGAUGAGAGAUUGUUAUUACAGAUUCCUUCUACAAUCAGGUCUAUCCAUCAGGAUAAAAUCCUAGCACUUAGACAACAGACACAGUUCUUGUGGGAGGCUUAUUUUUCUUCAGUUGAGAAGAUUGUAUUAACUACACUAGAGAUUAUUCAGGACAGAAUAUUCAAGCACAUAUCACGUAACAGCUUAAUAUGGAACAAGCAUCCUGGAGGGCUGUUUGUACUGCCACAGUAUUCAUCGUAUCUGGGAGAUUUCCCUUACUACUAUGCUAAUCUAGGUUUAAAGCCCCCUUCCAAAUUUACUGCAGUCAUCCAUGCAGUGACCCCCUUGGUCUCUCAAUCUCAGCCAGUGUUGAAACUCCUAGUUGCUGCAGCCAAGUCUCAGUACUGUGCCCAGAUUAUAGUUCUUUGGAAUUGUGACAAACCCCUACCGGCCAAACACCGCUGGCCAGCCACUCCCGUGCCUGUCAUCGUCAUUGAAGGGGAAAGCAAGGUCAUGAGCAGUCGCUUUCUACCCUACGACAACAUUGUCACAGACGCAGUCCUAAGUCUUGAUGAAGACACUGUGCUUUCAACUACUGAGGUGGAUUUUGCCUUUACAGUGUGGCAGAGUUUUCCAGAGAGGAUUGUAGGGUACCCAGCUCGCAGCCAUUUCUGGGAUAACACUAAAGAACGGUGGGGUUAUACGUCUAAGUGGACUAAUGAUUAUUCCAUGGUAUUGACAGGAGCUGCUAUUUACCACAAAUAUUAUCACUACCUGUACACUCAUUAUCUGCCAGCCAGCCUGAAGAAUAUGGUGGACCAGUUGGCCAACUGUGAGGACAUUCUGAUGAACUUCCUUGUGUCAGCUGUGACGAAACUGCCUCCAAUCAAAGUGACCCAGAAAAAACAGUAUAAAGAGACAAUGAUGGGGCAGACUUCUCGGGCUUCUCGUUGGGCUGACCCAGACCACUUUGCCCAGAGACAGAGCUGCAUGAAUACGUUUGCCAGCUGGUUUGGCUACAUGCCGCUGAGCCAUUCUCAGAUGAGGCUCGACCCCGUCCUCUUUAAAGACCAGGUCUCCAUCUUGAGGAAGAAAUACCGAGACAUUGAGCGACUUUGAGAAGGAAGUCCUGCCAAGUGGGGGGAGGGGAAGGGAGAAAGGACUGGGGUCAAGCUGCUCUCUCUUCCCAGUGCAGAUCCGCUGACACGCGGAGCUAGACUGUGCCAAGUAACAGAAAACACACACACACACACACACAACACAACACAACACAACGCAACACAACAAAAAACUUAGACAAACAGAACUAAACGGCCAAGGGGAGACGGACUCCCUGCUCCUGGGAUUGAUUGCACUGGACUGCAAACUCACCUCACAGGCUUCUGUGUCCCAAGACUAGGUUGUGUACAGUUUAAUUAUGGAACAUUAAAUAAUUAUUUUUGAAAUGAUUGCUAUGCAGGUUUAAACUUUUUUAAUGAUCAAAACUAUUAAAAAUCAGAGUUCUUUCUUUAAUCAAAA